UUUCCUCCUCCUCUCUCUCUCUCUCUCUCUCACAGGAGACGGCCGGCUGGAUGGAUUUCUACGCGACUCUCGGGGGCUGCACGGCGGGGCUCCUUGUCUCCAG